AUGGCUUCAUCAAAUCAUGGUAUCCAAGAAGGAGUUGGAAUGUUAUGCAGAAGAGAAUUGGUGGAUAAUUAUCAAAUCCUACUAGAACAGGCUCAAGCAAACAUUAAUGCAGGUAGUUGCUCUCUGGAUGGUUUUUGUAGUCAUCACAGUAUGGAGAGUAAUCAUCACGAAACAGAGGAAUACACUCUCGGAAUGGUUCAUAAUAAGGAGUCGGAAAGAGUAUUCUUAAAUGACUAUUUUAUGAAUACCAUUAAAAGAGGAGUAAAGAGGUAUGAUUUUGAGAAGGAUCCUAUUCAGAUUCAGUACAAUGUUUUGCAUACACCUUCUCAUGUUAAGGUAUUGAAGAAUAUAGUAUCAAAACCUCAUCCUGUAGUGUCAUGCUAUUGUACGGCAUAUAGCGAACAUUAUCCACUGAUAAUAAUUCCAGAUCAUAUUUGGAUGAUGAUUUCUCAAUCCUUGGUUAGACAUUUGCAUCUUCAUCCUGAAAUUUUGCAGCAAGUUGAUAUUAAAAAGAAGGAAAUGAGAGUGGAAAUGCCUACACAUUACAACGAAGAAACACAAUCAACAAAUUGGAGUGCAGUAAUUGAAGAUAUUCAUCAACAAAUUGUUCAAACAUGUACAACAAGCGAAAAGUUGGAUUUGGAUGGAUUUUUGGAUCAUAACUUUUCCACAUCAACUUCAGUGGAAAAGGUUGCAUCAAAGAUUUUACUCAUGGAGGCCUUUAAGGAUUACUUUACAUAUACCAAUGAUUUUAUGUGUGGAAUUCCUUGUGUGACAAUAUUGGGAACUCUGCAAGACUGGACAUUGAUGAGACAGAAAGUCAAUAGAUUGGAUGAUUUUGGUAUGGGAUGGUGGAGAAAGGUAUUGGCUCUCAUAAUUGAUAGAAUAAUUGAAACAGCCCAAAAGGAUACACUGACAGACGAAUUGAAAUUGUUCUGGAAUGGAGUGGCAAGGUUUGACAGUAGUAGUGGAGAGAAUUUUAUUACUGGUUGGAUCAACUAUUUUUUCCCAUACGAUAAGGAUGGAAAUAUUUCAAACCAAAUGCAAUCAUUUAUGGAGAUGGAAGAGAGAUUCCCUAAUGUUGAUAAAUAUGUGGACGAUUUUGAGGAUCAUGGUUUUGAGGAUUGUGAAUUUGAAGAAGAAGAAGGCGAGAAUUCUCCUCAAUCUUCAAUAGAACUAGCCGCUUUAAAGAUGCAGAAAACAUUCAGAUGGAAACCAUCUUUUAAUGAGGAUUGCUUUCCUUGCCCUCUAGCAAUUGCAAAGGUCAAUGUUGAAAAUCAUCCAUCCUUAAAAGAGUUGUACUAUGUUUCCGGAUUUAUGGGAAUUGAUUUUGAUCAUGAAAUUGGAGGUUUAAAACCUGUUAUAUCUUGGGCUAUAGCAGAGAAGAGAAGUGAGGCUGUUAGAGAAAAUCUAAUGAAGGGCCAAUUCAAACAUGCAAUGUGGGCAAUAGACUGUGGUUAUACUAGUUGGAGAGCUUCCAUAUCUCUCUCAUCUACACAAACUAAGCCAAUAGGCUCAAUCAAUAUUGGAUUUACCAGUGAUGGAGAGCAGGAGAAUGUUUUUGAAAGUAAGGAAAGAAUGAUUGAGAUAUUCACCGCUUUGAAAGAAUCACUUGUGAGGCAAUUCAUUGAGGAGGAAGUUAAUUUGGGAUCAAACGAUAAUUUGAAAUUCUUGGAAGGAGAGCAUGUUCUCUUGAUGUCUCCUGCUGAAGUCAACCAAGAGCUGCUUCUUCAAUGCGCCAAAUCUGCUGGUUUGAAACCAAUAUGUUGGGUGGAAGAUCCAUGUCAUAAUAUUCCUCAAGCAUUUUCCCAUUUGGUGAAAACUAACGAAUGUGUACUGACUAUUGAUUGGCCAACUGGAGAACCAUUCUUUGCCAUGUCCAAGAAGGAGCAUUGGAAUGAGUUCGAUCUUUUUGCAUCAAGUGUUGAAGGCAAGAAGGAAACUCAGGGACUUGGUGGCGGUUUCAGUUUUACUGACAUGCUGUACACCUAUUUUUAUGAUCAACACCCUGAAAUUGCAGAGGAAAAUUCUCACUUUUUAAUGAUGGAAUGUGAGAGAGCCAAAAAGGUUCUCUCAACUGAAGACAAGGUUGACAUCUUGAUUAAUGGAAAGUCUAUUGAGGUGAUAACAAGACAAACUUUCGAACAGGUGUGCUCACCUAUUUUCAAUUCAUUCCAACAACAAUUGAAUGCUUUCCUUUCUAGGCCUUUCAAUAAUACCAAUGAGACUUUGAAAGAUCGUGUCAAUUAUUUGGUGCUGUCUGGUGGAUGUUGUAGAAUUCCUCUCGUUCAACAAAUCAUUCAUACAUGCCUUCCAAAAUCUGUACAGACACUCAGUAAUCCAGAGGAUACUUGCUAUCUUUCCUCAGCAGGAGGUGCUCAAACAUUCAGAAGCAGUCAUUACAAUAAUAUUCAAUUUGAGGAAUUCUUUAGAGAUCCUCAUUCUGAAAUCUUCUCUGACAAUGAAUCGUCACUCUAUCCACACAAAGAUCCACAAGAAAGUGAUAUUGCAAUUGCUGAAGGUGACGAUCACGACAAUGAAUAA